AUGGCUUGUAUAGGAUCGAGUAGGCUUUGUGCUCAUGUGGAGAGACUGUGCCAGUUCGGACAUUUCGCCCAAUUACGGAGGAAAGUUUCGACUACGACAUGUGUGAAAUCGCGGCCGGUGCUCUCCGCGCGGACGAACGGCACGCUCCUCCAGCACUGUCAGAACAAAACGAAUACCCAGGACAGCAGGAUAGGUCUCGUGAGGGCAAUGAGCACUAUGCAAACGCAAAUGCCUGGAUCUUUACCUGAUUACCAAAUCGAUCCUUAUAGACUUAUAGAAGACGACCUUAAGGAUAUAUUUGACGAUAUACGGAUGGAACUUAUAAAAAGGACCUCGCUAGAAGAGAUGAGACCUAUAAGCACAUACUAUUUCGAUGGCCAGGGGAAAGCGAUACGACCCAUGUUCACCAUACUCAUGGCACGAGCUAUUAAUUAUCACAAGGGAAGAAGAAAUGUUCUUUUGCAUUCGCAACGACAAAUAGCAAUGAUGUCCGAGAUGAUCCAUAGCGCGUCUUUACUCCACGAUGACGUUAUUGAUCAGUCGGACUGUCGUCGUGGCAAACCGUCGGUUAAUGUCGUCUGGAGUCAAAAAAAAGUGGCUAUGGCAGGAAAUUACAUCUUAUCAGUUGCUUGUAUGAUGCUUUCUACAAUUCAAAAUAAUGAUGUGACUCUUACCGUCAGCCAGAUUGUCUCUGACUUGGUGCAAGGCGAAUUUAUGCAGCUUGGUUCCAAAGAAACGGAAAACGAGAGGUUCGCGCACUAUCUCACGAAGACUUAUCGAAAAACAGCGAGCUUAAUUGCCAAUUGCAUGAAAGCGGUCGCCAUUCUUUCUGACGUUGAUGAACGCACGAUAGAGAUGGCUUUCCAAUAUGGCAGAAAUGUUGGCUUAGCUUUUCAAUUGGUAGACGAUCUUUUGGAUUUUGUAGCUUCUUCAACAGCUAUGGGCAAACCCACGGCUGCUGAUCUUAAACUUGGACUGGCUACAGCUCCGGUGCUUUUCGCUUGCGAACGGUAUCCAGAAUUGAAUGCAAUGAUUAUGCGUCGUUUCCAAGAGCCCGGAGAUGUUAAGAAAGCUUUCGAAUUGGUACAUAAAUCCAAUGGUCUUGAACAGACAAGAUUCUUGGCGAAGAAGCACUGUGUAGAAGCUAGCAAGAUCGCGCAAUCCUUUACUAAGAGCCCUUAUCAGAAAGCUCUACUCAUUAUGGCGGAUUUGGUCAUCAACCGCAUGAAAUAG